GCACACGAGUCUUUUGAAAAUGAGGCCAUCGCGAAGAUUAUGAAUGACAAUUUUGUGAACGUUAAGGUUGACAGGUGGAAGGAACAAUCAGACAAACUGAAAAAGGCUGGAGCAGAAGCAAUUGAAAUGCUUCAAAAAUUUACCUCGGAUGAGGGUCGCGGAGGUUCCUCGGAAUUGAAUUUGAAAAUAUCACAAAAGUUAUACCAAUUCUUUGUCGAUUCGUUUGAUGAUGAUGAAGGAGGAUUUGACGGCAAGAGCGAACCCAAAUUUCCGACUCCUGUUCAAUUUCACUUUUUGCUUCGUCACUACUAUUACACCCUUGUUGAUCUCGGAAAAGCAGAAGAAAGAUUCGCAAUAAUGUCGAUCUCUGAAAUCCGUGAUCGCGGUACGAAGUUGGGAAUUGAUUUUAAAGAUUGUACAAAUGAUGCAGAAUUCUUAAAGAAACUGCAAGAUGUGGUGACGAACCGUAGACAGGCUGCUGAACGCGAAUUGGAGAUGGUCAAGUUUACCCUAAAGGCUCAGUUACUGAUGAGCUAUGUUGAAACUUAUGUGAUUUCGGGAGAUCAUUAUUAUGCAGAUGUAAGGAGUGCGUUAUACGGUGACGUGAACGCAAUGUUCCCACUUCAGGUAGCGCGAGACAUUAUAAAAUACGUGGAAAGAGAUCUGAAGGACCCCGAAGGUGGCGGUUUCUUUUCGGCCGAGGAUGCCGACUCCUAUCCUUACGAGGGUGCAGAACAUAAACUUGAGGGUGCUUUUUGCGUAUGGGAAGAACCCGAGAUUAAGGAAAUUCUGGGCGAUAGGAAUUCGGAAAUAUUUUGCGGGCAUUUUGGUGUGAAGUCGAAUGGAAACGUUGAUCCUCGCAAAGAUAUUCAGGGAGAAUUGAAAAACAAAAAUGUUUUGAUUGAACGUCACGCGCUCGAAGAGACCGCGAAUCAUUUUAACCUUUCUUUAAGUGAAUUAAACGAGAUACUUUCGGAAUCCAAAGAAAAACUUUUAAGAUUCAGGUUUGAAAAGAGACCUCGACCGCACCGUGACGAUAAAAUUUUAACAGCUUGGAAUGGACUAAUGAUCUCUGGCCUCGCUCGAGCAUAUGACGCGUUACGUGAUGAGAAGAUUCGUGAUCUGGCGGAGGGGGCAGCUAAGUUUUUAAAAGAGCGAAUGUACAACAAGGAGAGAAAAGUAUUGUUGAGAAGUUUUAGGGAGGGUCCCAGUGAUGUUGAAGGAUUUGCAGAUGACUAUAGUUAUCUGAUCGGAGGGUUGCUCGACCUCUACCAGUCAACUUUCAACGAAUCAUACCUUGAAUGGGCGAUUGAUUUGCAGGACACGCAAGAUCGAUUGUUUUAUGAUGAGAAAAAUGGUGGAUAUUUUAAUGUCAAGGAAAACGCCAGAGACAUUUUGGUUCGAUUGAAGGAUGACCACGACGGUGCUGAACCCUCAGCUAAUUUGAUUCGUCUUGGACACAUCGUUGAUGGCUCUGAUUAUAACCGCAAGGCCGAGCAAUCGUUGAAAUUCUUUGCGGGAAAGUUAAGCCGCGCGCCAUUUUCAAUGCCAGCAAUGGUUUCUGGCUUGAUGCUGCAUCAGAAGGGUGUUAAGCAGUUGAUAAUUACCGGGCGCAAACAAGAAUCGAAUGUUCAACAAUUUCUCAAUAUCAUUCAAUCAAAAUUUAUUCCAAGUAAAGUUCUCUUGCGGGUAAGUCCAGAAGAGAGUUUAGUGAUAAAAGAGAGGAAUGAAUCCGUGAAAAGCAUUUUAGAAAGCGAAUCUGGCGGUCUCACGUCAUCGGUUCAUAUUUGUGAAAAUUUCACCUGUGGCAAGCCGAUUCGUGAAGUCGGAGAGUUGGAGGACAGGCUCAAGGAAUAA